CCCCGUGUGCUGAUUGGAUGGUGGCCGCAGGCUGGCGAGGCCUCCGCCAUGGGCUCGGUCAGCCUUUGUCCCGUCCCCGAGUGAGAGAGUGAAAGAUUGACGGGGGAGGGUCAAAGUGUGUCCCGUCACCUUUACUAAGCCUUUUCCUGAUCUUCAGACGGCUCGCUUGAAUUACCGAUCCGCGGUUGGACGGUUCGGCCUGCUGCAGCCCGCUCUAAGGAAGAUGGGAUGUAACCCUGCAUUCGUUGAACAGCUGCCAGAGAUAUGCUACAACAUAGCUGGUUGAAAGAGGAAAUAAUGCUGGAGACACGGCUGUAGGCUGAUGCUGUAGUAGAGUAUUUGCUCCUUCGAAUGGGUGUCAGUAAAUUGGACAUUCUGUACAGACGAUUUCUCCUUUCAAAACUUUUCAUUCAAGGAUGGGGAAAGCCGGAUGAUCUCAGAAGGUUGUUUGAAUUUAGGAAAACAAUAGGAAAUCGAGAAAAAUGUCAGCAUUUGGUCCCAAAAGACUACCCCAUAUUCAUUGAUAAGAUUGAGGAGCAAACUGAUUGUCAGAUCAUGGAUGGACAUUUUGUGUCCCCACUGGACCAUUAUCUACCAGGGAUAAUGCCGGCUGAAUCGAUUAAAGCAAGGUUUCAAUUCAUAGUACCAAAAGAAUGGAAGAGUAAAUACCGACCUGUAUGUGUCCAUCUAGCUGGCACUGGAGAUCAUUUUUACUGGCGAAGACGUACAUUGAUGGCUCGUCCGAUGAUAAAGGAAGCAUGCAUGGGAUCACUUCUACUGGAAAAUCCUUAUUAUGGCUACAGAAAGCCUAAAGAUCAAAUGAGGUCAAGUUUAAGGAAUGUCUCUGAUUUGUUUGUAAUGGGAGGAGCUCUAGUCCUGGAGUCUGCGGCAAUUCUUCAUUGGUUGGAGAGAGGGGGUUAUGGACCUCUAGGAAUGACCGGGAUAUCAAUGGGAGGUCAUAUGGCAUCGUUGGCUGCAAGUAACUGGCCAAAACCCAUACCCCUGGUACCUUGUCUGUCUUGGUCUACAGCCUCGGGUGUUUUUACUACAGGUGUUUUAAGUAAAGCUGUGAACUGGAGAGAGCUGGAAAAGCAGUAUGCCACUGAAACUGUUUAUGAAGAAGAAAUUAUCAGACUGCUGGAGUACUGUGGAGCAGAUUCCUUUAAAAUGGGCCAGGAUUUUGUGAAGAACUCAUCAACCUUUGAAAACUUGGAUCAUCGUGAUCUCGCCACAGGCAUGUUAGAUUUAAAUGUCAAGAGAGAAAUGAUGAGGACUGCCACAGUUACUCGGUUCAGUACAGACACUGCUGCCUUAAAUGCCUCUACACAAGGAAUUCUACUUGAAGGUACUUCAGACACAGGUUGCCUAAAUCACCAAAUGUCAUCAACAAAUAUUAGCAAGUAUUCAUCCAGUGUAAAGCAUGAACUGUUAAAGAUGGACAAAAGGAAGGCCUCCCUAGCACGAGAAUCUAUACUCUUCAUGAAAGGAGUUAUGGAUGAAUGUACACACAUUGGAAAUUUCUCAGUGCCAGUAGACCCUAGUCUGAUCAUAGUGGUCCAAGCAAAGGAAGAUGCCUACAUUCCUCGAGCUGGAGUACGUAGUCUUAAUGAAAUCUGGCCAGGGUGUGAAAUCAGAUACUUGGAAGGUGGUCACAUCAGUGCUUACCUUUUUAAACAAGGCCUGUUCAGACAAGCCAUUUAUGAUGCAUUUGACCGUUUUCUUCAGAAGUACUCCGUCUAGAAUUGAACAUUGGAUCCCAGGCUACUUGUACUCCUCUGUACUACUAAUGUGGUUGCCAUUUAUAUCUAAGAGCACUACACUGUCCAAAUUAUUGUUGUAAGCAAAAGAACUGUGAAAGCAACUAUGUACUGAAGAAUGAAUGGAAACUUAAUUGUUCCUUACAGGUUGAAAGCCACUCAGUACUAACAAACCUGUACUGCUACACUGUACAAAUUAUUAUUGGUCUGACAUUUCAGAAUUUAUUGAAACUGAUUAGCACUAUUAAUAUAAUAGUCAUAAAUGGUACAACCAAGGUGCUCCUUGUAACACCAAUAGUCAAUUUGAUUGAAUCGUUCUUUACAUUUUCACUUAACUGUUGGAUAUGUUGGAGCAUCCUUAAUUCAAUUUCAUGACUCAAGUAUGAACUGCAGGGGAAAUGAUGCAAAUUUUGUUUUUAUAAGACUAAUUAUAAAGUAUUAAGAAACUAAACUUCAUGUGCUAGAAAUUAGAACUGACUUGAAAAAAUGAAAUGGAUAUCAGCACAAGAACAUACUAAAGAGAGAAAUCUGGUGCUACAUUGUGCUAAAUAGUGCCUACUGAAUUUAAAAACCAUGAUCUUGAUGUAACAAGGUGACAGUUUAAUGAAUAAAAUUUGCAGAUGUUGUCUGUCCAAAAUAAAACCUGAAAAUACCAUUGACAUUUUAAUUCUGAUUAACUAAUUCUGGUUUGAUGAAUCUGCAAUGGAUUUGAAAUGACUCUGUAAUCUUUUAAUCUUAAUCUCUUUGAUACUGGUUGCCUGUGUGAAAGCCAUGAUUUCUGGUUUCAAUUUAGCACAGUUUGCAUGCAAAACAUCACUAAAAACUGAUUAUGUAGUUCAAUGUCAUGUGAAUUUUAUAAUUAAAUUUAAAUAUUUACAAUUUUCAUUAAAACUCAAAA